UUAUUCGCCCCACGCUCAACUCUGGUAAUUCUUGUACUGCAUCUGAGUCAGCUUCACCAAAUCCCCCACUCACCUUUACUUCUUCUGCUCAAAACCAUGUCUGUUUCACCUCUGCUGAACCCGCAGAACCCCAAACUGUCUUCUCUUCUCUUCUUCUCCACCACUCAACCAUCGCUCUAUCCUUCUCGGACCCCUCGGAAAUCUCUUCCCUUCAUCUCCUCUUUCUCUCAAAACGACGACGUCCAAGAUGACCUUGUUAUCGGCGACUGCCUUGUCUUCGAAGACGGCAUUUUCGACGACCCCUACCUCCAAAACCCCAAUCCAAACCAACAUCAACCCCCAACCAAAAAGAAUUCUAAGUCCAAACCCAAGAACAAGGUGGCAGAGAUUGAGCCCCAGAACUUGGUCCCGCAGGAAUGGAGGCACGUUCAAGACGAGGUAAACAUCACUAAGAAAGAGAGACGAAAGAUCGCUCAACAGCUGGAGUUUGGAGUCCGAGUUGAGAAGAGGAAAAAAGGCUUACUUCCCAUCAGGAAUUUCAACUUGCAGGAACAUUUGUCUUACAAGCAGGCUAAGUUGGCUCAGUUAAAGCCCUUGGUACUCGAUGAUCCUUCCCAUUUCCGGGUCAGGAAGAUAAAGAACCUGCACACCAUGAAAUUGAGGGUUCUUCUUCUUUCCAGUGAGCGAGUGGCGCCAAAGAAUCCCAGAUGGGCGGUUUAUGGCAGGGGAUUCGACGACGUCUCCAAAUUUUUCAAUAGCGAGAAUUAUGUGCCUGGUGACAAGAAAUCUCAAGGGGUCCGUAAGUUAUUUACAAAGGAGGAAAAGGUUCUACUUAAUAGCCGCAUACCUGAUCUUGCUGCUGCUACCUCUAGCAAAUGGCUACCUCUCCACACACUUGCUGCAUGCGGAGAGUUCUAUCUUGUCCAUGCUUUGCUGAAACAUAAUGUUGACAUCAAUGCAGUUGAUAAGGAUGGUUUGACUGCGCUCCACAGAGCAAUAAUUGCAAAACAGCAAGCUAUAACCAACUACCUUUUAAGAGAAUCAGCAAACCCUUUUGUUCGUGACGAAGAUGGUGCUACCCUGUUACACUAUGCUGUCCAGAGGGCAUCAAUUCCGGCUAUUAAGCUUCUCCUAUUGUACAAUGUUGAUAUAAAUCUUCAGGACAAUGAUGGAUGGACGCCAUUACAUCUUGCAGUUCAAACCCGGAGAACUGACAUUGUUAAGCUUUUAUUGAUAAAAGGAGCAGAUGAAACAUUAAAAAACAAGGAUGGGUUAACCCCAUUAGAUCUUUGCCUCUAUUCCGGACAAAGUACGAGAACUUAUGAACUGAUCAAGUUGCUGAAGCUGCUUCCUAGGAAAAGGAACCCGACGAUCACCUAACCGAUUAGAGCUGUGUAAGCAAUUUUUCCAUAGAGGAAAGCAAAAACUUUUGGCUAAUUGCCAUCGUAAGUCGGUGAUUACUCGUUGUAAAACAUUGAUCAUCUGGGAUUUUGUAGUCACUUAAGUUAUUUUGAGCCCAUUAUAAAUCUCUGUGAGUUUUACGCGGCUA